CUGGUGGUCUGGAGUGGGCAGAGCGAGAACGGCUCCUGCGCUGAAGCAGAACGCUACACCCCAUUCACUGUGACUGAUAUUUCUUGUUUCGUGACUUGAAUAAGCAAAGUCCCUGUAUUUGGAAUAUACAACCAGCCAAAAGAAUGCAGCCUGGUGCUGGACCUGGACACAGACCCGACUGAGCGACUGUUGGAGAGCGUGUCGUUGAGGACGGUCCCCUGAAGCAGAACCAUGCCCCGCCUCCCUUCCUGAUCCGUCCUCCCUCCCCUGCCUCCAACCCCCCCCCCCCCCCCCCACCCCCACCCCCACACACACACACACGAACGAUCGUUCAAUCGCACGCACCUGCUGGAGCCGACCCCGUUUCCGGCGGUGGUGGCGGCGGCGGCGGCUCUGCUCCGCUCCGCUUCCCGGUCGCCAUGGCGACGCCCUACCUGUGGAAGCUGUCGUCCCAGAAGCUGGGAUUCUUCCUGGUGAGUUUCGGCUUCAUCUGGGGGAUGAUGCUGCUGCACUUCACCAUCCAGCAGCGCUCCACCCACGAGAGCAGCACCAUGCUCAGGCAGCAGAUCCUGGACCUCAGCAAGCGCUACAUCAAGGCCCUGGCCGAGGAGAACCAGAGCGUCAUGGACGGCCCCUACGUGGGAACUAUGACCGCCUAUGAUCUGAAGAAGACCCUGGCCGUGUUGCUGGACAACAUCAUGCUGCGACUCGGCAAGCUGGAGUCCAAGGUGGACAACAUCUACAACGGCACGGGCGCCAACCUGACGUCGGGCACCAGCACGGCCACCCCCAGCGCCACCAACGCAGGGAAGGUCAACGUGGCCGACCUCCUGAACGGUGCCCAGGAGAAGUGUGAACUUCCCCCCAUGGACGGCUUUCCUCACUGCGAGGGGAAAAUUAAGUGGAUGAAGGACAUGUGGCGGUCGGACUCCUGCUACAAUAACUACGGUGUGGACGGAUCCACCUGCUCCUUCUUCAUCUACCUCAGUGAGGUGGAGAACUGGUGCCCUCGUCUGCCAUGGAGGACCAAGAACCUGAACGAUGAGGCAGACAGGAGGAGCCAGACGGACAUCCGGACCAGCUUCGACGAGCUGUACCGGGUCAUGUCCCGACGAGAGGAGUUCCGCUGGAUGAUGCUCCGGAUCAAGCGCAUGGCGGAGCCCUGGGUCAGCGCCAUCCGCUCGCUGGCGGGCAAACAGAACCUGGCCAAACGCAAGAGGAAGAAGAUCCUGGUGCACCUGGGUCUGCUGACCAAGGAGUCGGGCUUCAAGAUAGCGGAGAACGCCUUCAGCGGGGGGCCGCUGGGGGAGCUGGUGCAGUGGAGCGACCUCAUCACCACCCUCUACCUUCUGGGUCACGACGUCCGCAUCUCUGCCUCACUGGCCGAGCUCAAGGAGAUCAUGCGGAGGGUGAUGGGGAACAAGUCCAGCUGCCCCACCCAGGGGGACAAGGUGGUGGAGCUCAUCUACAUCGACAUCGUGGGUCUGACCCAGUUCAAGAAGACUCUGGGCCCGUCCUGGGUUCACUACCAGUGUAUGCUGAGGGUGCUGGACUCGUUCGGCACAGAACCGGAGUUUAACCACGCCCACUACGCCCAGUCCAAGGGACACAAGACACCCUGGGGCAAGUGGAACCUCAACCCGCAGCAGUUCAACACCAUGUUCCCCCACACGCCAGACAACAGCUUCCUGGGCUUCGUGGUGGAGCAGCACCUCAACGCCAGCGACAUCCGACACAUCGACGACAUCAAGAGGCAGAACCAGUCCCUCGUCUACGGGAAGGUCGACAACUUCUGGAAGGAUAAGAAGCAGUACCUGGACAUCAUCAACACCUACACGGAGGUGCACGGCACCGUGCACGGGACCAGCACGGUGCACCUGCCCAGCUACGUCCAGAACCACGGCAUCCUGAGUGGACGAGACCUGCAGUUCCUGCUCAGGGAGACCAAGCUGUUUGUCGGACUAUCCUUCCCCUAUGAGGGCCCCGCCCCCCUGGAGGCGAUAGCCAAUGGGUGCGUUUUCCUCAACCCCAAGUUCAACCCGGCAAAGAGCAGCAAAAACACUGACUUCUUCAAGGGCAAACCCACGUUGAGAGAGCUCACCUCCCAGCAUCCGUAUGCAGAGGUGUACAUCGGGCAGCCUCAUGUGUGGACGGUGAACAUCGAGGACCCUGCAGGUGAGAAAGCACUUCGCUCCAUCCUCAGCCAGAAGAUAGAGCCCUACCUGCCCUAUGAGUUCACCUGUGAGGGGAUGCUGCAGAGAGUCAACGCCUUCAUAGAGAACCAGGACUUCUGCCACGGCCAGGUGAUGUGGCCCCCCCUGAGCGCCCUGCAGGUGAAGCUGGCUGAGCCCGGACGCUCCUGUAAGCAGGUGUGUCAGGAGGAGCAGCUGAUCUGUGAGCCCUCCUUCUUCCAGCACCUCAACAAGGACAAGGACCUGGCGCGGUUUGGCGUGGCGUGCCAGACGGUGGAGUCGUCUGCAGACACGGUGGUGCCGGCGUACAGCGAGGCCAGGAGACACUGCGUCUUCCAGUCCGACCUGCUGCUGUUCAGCUGCGCCGGCUCCCACCCCUCCCUCAAACGCAUCUGCCCCUGCAGGAACUACAUGAAGGGCCAGGUGGCGCUGUGCACCGGCUGCCUAUAACACCAGGGAGGGGGACCCCCAACCUCCACUCUCUCCCUCUGAGCAGAGCACUGCUGGGGGGGGGCCUGCCAGUCCGCCCCCCCCCCCCCCGCCCUGCCUCCCCCCUCCAGGCCCUUCUCCCCCUCACCCCUCUCCCUCUGAGUCCCAGCCGGGCCUGUGGGGAGGAGACACCUGGUCUCCCUGGGCGACGGGGAGGGAUGGAUCUGUAUUUAUGUCUCUGCAUUUAACCUCGUUCACUGUAUCAUGGAGCUGACGGGAGACAUGCAGGCUCUCCACAGGCUGGGAGUCCAGGAAUGAAGAGAGUUACUAACGCUCUCUAUCAAGUGAGGAGGAGGAGGAGGAGGAAGAGGGUGAGGAAGAGGAGGGUCACUGCAUAGAUGCCUGCUGCUGGGAGAUAUGGUGGUCCAGUGUGUCAGCAGCCUGAAUUACUUGAAUCAAAGGUGUGUUUAUUGUGUGAUCUGAGUUGAUGGACCUUGAGCGCAUGGAGCUCUCUACUGCCCUGUGGUGGGUCGGGAGUGGUACUGCAGCCUGCACAGUGUCUGUCUGUCUCCGAGGGAGCAGCCAACCAGUCUGUCUGUCUGUCUGCGGGACAUUCUGCCAAGACCCGACUCAACCAGACCUGGGCGCUGUCGUCAACUCUGAACUCUUUUAGCUAGGAUGUAGGUUAACCCUAACCCUAGGAUGUAGGUUUGCACUGGUGUGCCCAGGUCCCUCACAUGGCCGACCCAGGCUAAAUCACGGAGGAGAAACCGGGCCAGUUUAACACUGUACCUGACCUGCUCACGCCUGCCCACCCGCCCGCCCAUACAGCUCCUGUCUAGGCUGUGGAGGGAGGAGGGAGGACGGGGGAGGAGGAGGGGGGAGGAGGGAGGGGGGAGGAGGGAGGGGGGAGGAAGGGGGGAAGGGCGAGAGCAGGCAGAUGAACAUUUUUGAUUCUUUAUUUCUAUGAAUGCUUAUAAUGCUGUUGUACAAAGUUCCCUUUUCCAACAGUCACUUUCCCUGUGACCCCGGUCCCUUCUUCCCUCCUCCAUGGACAGGGACAAAGCUAUCACCCCCCCCACACACACACACACACACACACAGGCACGCCACCCGACCCACACUACGCACACAUAAUAAGGGAUGUGCUCCAAAAAAGGCCAGUAAAAAAAAUCCAAACAACUCAUUGGGGAAAUAAAGGAUUUGAAUGAACGAUGCUUUGGAUCAUUCAUUUAGACAGUAGGUGGGUUUAACCAACCACCUUCCUUAGCCCCUCUAUAGGGCCCAUGCUGUGUCGGCCUGGUCCUAGUGAUGGGGGAUAUCACUCUGGUAGAGCAUCUGACUGCAGAUCAAGGGGUUGCAGGUUCAAAUCCCGUUUCUGUCUCUUUGGAUAAAAGCUUUUAGUAAAUAAACACAUUAUUAUAAUUAUUAUUAUUAUAAGAGCAACACCUAGGCUACGUCCCAAUACUCAUACUAUUUGAUAUUUCGAAUACAUAUUUUAAUGUCCCUAUACAUCUAAUACAUCUAAUACAGUACUCCAGAAGUACCAGGAUGUCCUACAACAUCCGGUAGCAUUUAGCAGCUUGCGAGCCAGCAUGCUUUUCUUGCUAUCCUGACCCACAACCCUUUGUGCAGUGGAUGAGCCGUCAACAGUACAACAGCAGACCAAUAUAAACCUGUCUGCCCCAGUCCAAGACAUGGGUACAUGAUGAAUUGGUGUGUCCCAAACUGUUUGAAUUGUACGUAUACUGCCGUCCACAGUAUGUGCUUUGUAAGGGCAGCUGCAGUACCUACUAAAAGUACAAAGUAAAAGUAUGCAAUUUGGGACGCAGUCUUUACCUCUGCUGCUGUGUAGCUCAGUCACCUCGAUCAGAUCAUACUCGCUCUUUGCCACAAUGGGUUAAUUUAAAAGGCGUUCGAAAGUUAUUGAUCGUGGAACAUCAAUUCUAAAGUUAUCGAUCAGAGAGUCAUUCUGAGGUUAUUGAUCAUGUAACAGAGUUUUAAAUUCUAAACAGUCAUUCAUCAUAGAUAUUAAUUUGAUUGAUCUUUCAUCUGUGCUUGGUGUAUAGGUUGAGUUUUUCACGUACACACUGUAAAUCUCCACUGGUGAGCAAAACACUUAACUGUCACAUUCUUGUUUUUGGAAUCAGGAUCGUUAGGAUCUUAAUUUGCCUGCAGGCUUCCGAAAAAAGCAGAAGUAAAAGAAAAUUAUUAGUCCUUGUUGUGAAUGAAAAUGCACUAUGCUAACCUAUUUACUGAAGUUUUAACAGAAUAUAUAAUUACACUGUAUAUUGUUCAUAAGGGUUUUAAAUUCUUUUUAAUUUAUUUUGUAUACAAAUCUUUAUCUCUGUCUUUGCUGAAAAUAAAUCUUUCAUUUUUUUUAUUUAUAGAGAGGAGCUUUGGUUUUAUGAGGUAGUAGUAGUAUUUAUGGAGUAAUUUAAGUUUGUGAACACCACCAGUCAGGUUGGUGACUGAGGCUGGUGUGCUUGGUCCAGUCUGACUCAUCCCCAGAGCUGAGCUCAGGGGACUGACAACAUCACCAUGACAACAUCACCAUGUCAACAUCAUAAAUGCCUUUGAUCCUUGGCUGCUGCAGUAUGCUGCCUGGUCCACCAGCCUGACCUCACAACAUUCCAAAUCAUUAACUGAACUGAGCGGAACAGCUGGAUGAAGCUGGACGCAGCUGUCCACAGGGUUUGUUCCCACCCACUCUGUGUGUGUGGUGGGUGGGUGAGGUGGAGCACAUCUCCACCCUGAAUCCACGGGCUUUUCAAUUGGCCAGGGGAUUCAUUGAAUCGGUUGUGGUUCCAAACGGAACGAUUUAGAACUGAUUCUUGUUCCAAUCUGAAUAAUGUCGAAGUGAUUCUGUCUCCACAAUAGAACCGACAGGAGUUCUACGUCUACAUUAACCCUCGUGCUGCCUUCGGGUCACAUGACCCAAAGGUUCACAACGAACCAUCGUUGUGUUUACCCAAUUUCACCCAAUACAAAAACAAAUAAAAAUAAUUUUCUUUUAACCAUUGCAAUGUGGGGGGUCUGAGACAGCCCGACAGUUAAAAGAAAAUGCUUCACUUUGUUUUUGUAUGAGGUAAAUUUGUCGCAAUACGACAGUGGGUCACAAUGACUGAUGGGUCAGAAUGACCCGAAGAUAACACAAGGGUUAAGAUCCAUUGGUUGUUCUAGGUACAUGAACGAAGCUGUGGCCCUCUCACUGUUAUCUUGGUACAGGAUCAGACUGGACCACAGCAGUGCCACCAUUUUAUUGUACAUGCCAGCAAGAACCUAAUUUCAAUGUUUUUAUUUUUCAACUUUUUUUCUUCCCUGUCCUUUUCCCCUUUUGCACAUGUUUUGUAAAUAUGGAUGUUUGUUUGCCCAGCACUCUGUUGUUUGAUUUAACAGUUUAGACCAGUCAUGUUUUGUACAUAUGACUACAAUCUUCAGCCAAGCUACAGUUUUCAAGUAUAUGACGUGCCUUUCGAUGGUCACUAUAUUGGCUCUGUGUUACCGCCAGUAGAACUACAGUAUAGUAACCGCCCACUGGAGGAGAAACUGUAGCAGAGUUAACCUAGAUCCACAAGCAGCAUCAGAAGGACUAUGUUGUAAACGCUUGCCAUAGGUAGGCCUAACUGUCGUGUUGGACUGUGUGGUGAUAUUGGCUAGAGAAAACAUGUCUUAACUGCUGUGGUGAACAUGUUUACCCAAGGCUUUUAGUGGGUACAGUACAAUACAGUCUAUUAAAGCAGCUGUUUUUGUAUGGUAGUGGCCUUGUUCACUUCCUAUACCAACGUAUUCUGAGCAUGCCGUCCACACAAGUGGUUCAGUGGUUUGUUCUCCAAGAUUCGACUUACCAUUAUGAACGAGGGGAUGUGAACUGGAUCCAAACUGUUGUGGUUUGGAAACCCUUGACAAAUAACCAUGAGAGGACUCUGGACAGUUAGGAAAUGUAUGAAAAGUAUAUUAAACAACAGAAAGGUUCCUUGCCAUUUUUGGGAACCCUGGGUUGAAUGUCUUUGUUGUUCCGUAGUCAUGCUACCAUCACACACCGUUUUCAAACUUGACUUUGUUUUAUGCUGUCUAUAAUCAAUUAUGGAGAAGAUAGAAAUAGUUCUGUGACAAAAUUACAAGAAAUCAGUGGGGAAAAUUUUUUUUGUUUUCACAGUCUUUGACGAAUAAGCAGGAUAUAACUUUAUUUUUCAAUAAACCUUUUUUCUGUGACAAACGGUU